AUGUUUCAGCAACCAUUUUAUCCUCGUCAACAAGCUUUUCCUAAUAAUCGGGGUCCAACAAAUCAUUUUAUGCCAUCUCGUCCAUUCGUGUAUCGUCCUAAUGGUCCUAUACUCAAUCAAAGUACACAUAAUUUUAAUUUUACACGUGAUUUUGAACGUUUUCCAAUGUUCAAUCAUGGUUUUACUUCAAUACCAACAGGAAAUCAUCCAUUCUGUGAUCCUAGUAAUCAACAAUUUGAACAACAACGAUGGAGACAAAAUACGCCUCGUGCUCAACAACAACAGCAACAGCAAAAUCGUCGAGCAUCAGCUUUUCAUUUUCGAGAUAAAUCAACAUCGUACUUUAUGACUGAUCCAAUUAUAACUAAGGAUGAUCGUAUAACCAUUCAAUUUACAAAGGUUCAUAUUGGACCAAAUGGUGAUCAACAACGUGUAUUUGUUGAACAAGAAUUUAGUAACGAAAAGGAAUUAAAUAGAUUUGUUCGAAAUUUAAGGCAUAAUUUCGAAAAAACAUAUAAUAAUUGUUCAUCAGAUCAGAAUAGUACUAAUACAGAUGAAAGUAAUUGUACAGAUAACAAAAAGCCAGGUGUUGUUGUCAUUGAAGAACCCGACGAAGAACCUAAAAUUUAUCAACAACAAGUUUAUAAUGCAAAUAUUGAAACAAAACGAGCUACAGCAUCUAUAAUUACUCCACCAAUAUCACCACCAACAAUGGAAUCUGUACCUCAACCAACACUUGAAGAUUAUUCUCAAUCAUCAAUUCGUGAACAUCGUCGUGCACAAAAUAUAUCGCCAUCAAUUUCUCAAAUAUCAUCAGUAUCAACAGCACGUUCACAUCGACGUCAUAAAAAUAAAAUGAAAUAUCGUCGACAACAUAUCGAUAAUCGAGAAGAACCAAAAUUAUCACAACGACUUUCAAGAUCAAGUUUUGCACGUCAAUAUCCAUCCACACCAGUUCCACCACGUUUUCAACAAAGAUUUUUUCCUAGAGAUAAUGAUCCUCGGAUGAAAAAUCCUUUUACUAUACCAACAAAUCCAAAUUUUCAAUGGAAAUUCAAUCAACCAGGAUUUUCAAAAACUCGUUCACGUUCAUAUAUGCCACCGAUGAAUGAUCAUUUUUCAGUUCCACCACCAACACCACCACGUUUUCAACGUCCAAUGAAUCCAUUUGUUCAAUCAAUGCAUUCAUCAAAAUUUGCUCAACAUCGUCAUAAAGAUUUUCAUCUACCACCAUCACCUUCAAAGAUUCAUCGUUCACAACGUCGAAAACCUAAUCAACCAACAACAAUAACAGAAAAUCAUAUCUAUCCACAUCAUGAACAACAACAACCACGUGUCCAACGUACAAAAUCAGAAUGUCGAACUUUUGAAAAACAACAACAACAACGUCAUAGAAGUCGAAGUUCAACAAAUCAUUUUCAAAAUUUUUCUCCAUUACAACAACCACCUAUUAUUCAAAGGCAUUUUACACCAUUUCGUUCACCACCUGUUGUAUUACCAUCAGUAAAUAUGACAACAACAUCACUUUUUCAUCCAAAUCAAAGAAGACAAUUUGGGCAUAUGCAAACACAAAUACGUUUAAUAAAUCCUUUUCGUUUAAGUACAAAUCGUUUUUAG